UGUUCCAAGAAGCCGAGGAGCAUUUGGGCCUUUCAAAUCCAAUAUCCAAAUAGAACUUUUUCUUUUUGUAAAAGAAAUCCAAAUAGUCCAAGUAGUAGAAGUAACAGCUCCUCUGGCUCGGAACUUGAGCAAGAGAGAGAAAGGGAGAGUGAAGUGGUAGCAGAUGAACCAUGGCUGCCACCACAUCCAUAUCUCUAUCACCACCAGAUUUCAUCUCCAUGCUCCACCACAAACCUUGUCUAUUUCUUAAACCCCAUAAGCAAUCCUUCUCACCCAUAACCACUUUCUCAUCCAAAAAGACUCAAACUUUCCACAACCCACUUUUCAAAAUCAGAAAACAAAACAACCCAAUUUGGAGAAUUUAUGCCACGGCCGGUGAAACUCCUCCAUUAGAAGCCACCCCACUUGAGACUUCUCAGCAAAUUGUCUCCACCGGGGACGAGCUCACUGCCAACAUCAUUUCUGCUCUUCUCAUUAUUGCCUUUGUUGGUCUAUCUAUUGUCACAGUAGGGGUUAUCUACAUUGGUGUGACGGAUUUCUUGCAGAAAAGGGAGAGAGAUAAGUUUGAGAAAGAAGAGGCAGCUAAAUCCAAGAAGGGUGGUAAGAAGAAGAAGGUAAAAGCAAGAGCUGGUCCAAGAGGAUUCGGCCAAAAAAUUGUAGAGGACGAAGAUUUUUAAUGUAAUGUGAAUGUGAUGAUUGGUGUGGGAAAUGCUCCAAGUAAGCUUUUUCAUUCCGUUUGUAACUUGUAAUUGAAGCUUUCCCACUUUUAAAUUCCUUUUCCUAGUUCCUACACUUUGAGUAUAGUCAAAAGUAUUUUAAAAACAAAUUGUUAUGAAAGUUGGAGGAUUUGGUUUGGCAAAUUUAAGCUUAUAACUUAGAAGGGUGAAGGUCUAGUGUUCAUUUUUGGGAACAUUAAUGAUGAAAACGAGGCCUAGUAUUAGCAAAUGAUGAUCAUACAAUUUUCGGCUUAAAACUUUGUAUUCGGUUGUUUCUUUGUGUGAUAAUAAUAUGGCUUGUUUCGCAAUA